UGUGUUUUCUCCCGUCCUACACAACGUGACGGUCAUGUUUCCCAGUGGAGCGGGGUUGGAGCUUCGACUGAGAGAGGGAACCAUAACAACCACUGUACUCCUGCCAGAAGACUUUCAAAACGCCACCCUCGGCCUUCUGGGAAAUAUGAACGAUGACUCCAAAGAUGACCUUGUAGCAAGCGAUGGUCAACUUGUUUCCAAUCAAAGUAUACCAGAGGAGGUGUUUAAAUUUGGGAAAAGCUGGGCAAUAUUGAAUGCAUCCUCUUUAUUCACGUACGACUCAGAGCACUUGUUGAACACGUAUUUACAUGCUCCCAAACACGACCCUGAUUUCAAUCCGGCAUUUUUUGCCCCCGACGAUCCAGGAGAUGCUCUGUUGGGCCAGGCAUCUGAGCUGUGCUCUGGAGAUGGUUCAACGUACUGCAGAUAUGACACACUGAUGGCUCGGAGUCUGAGAAUGGGCAAUGCUACAAGGGUAUCGUUUAACAGCCACAUGUCCACAGUGGAGGAUCUCAAAUCAGUGGUGUCCUGUGGUUGGCUCGCUCCCCCCAACAAUGGUAAGAAGGAGGGGACCAGAUAUCUGGAGGGAGCUGUGGUGAAGAUGUCCUGUGAUGGCGGCUUUGUCCUGGAUGGUCCAGGAGAACACAACUGCCAGAGUGACGGCCAGUGGUCUGGGGAAACCACUUACUGCGUGACAGAUAAUCUCACCGGAAUUAUAGUUGGUUCAGUCAUUGGAACUCUAGCAUUAAUCUUGAUGAUCACAUCAAUCAUCCUCCACAGCAGGAAGACAAAAAGAGAAACAUCGAUUGUGCAAAGCAGCGCUUUCUGAAAGCAAGAACAUUCUGAAAGUUCUUUUUUUUUUUUUUUAAAGGAUCAAUAACCAACUUUUCGUCAGCGGUCUAAAAACACUCCUUGUUUGUUUUUGUAUACACUACUGUAGUUUAGAAUCAAAAGGAAUGAAUGGAUCAAUUUUAACUCACAGCAGGCCUAUUUUGUGUUGUCCUUACACCCAAAUGUUUUCAGCUCUGCUUGACAGCCUAAUAACUAUAUUUAGUUAAGCAGCCCACUGUGUGUAAAAAUGUUUUUACUGUAAUAUCAGACAAUAUUAAAAGUAA